UUACUUGACAACAGUCAAGCGUUAGAUGCGGUGACAGCAAAAGCGCAGACUUACGAUAGAAACCGCGCACAAUGGGCUCCUUCUGUGUACGCUGCUUGACGACGAUUUCAACGUGAGGGUUAGCACGAGCAAACUCCUCGAGAUGGUUCGUCAAGAAGGUCCUGGUAUUUGCGGACGACGGCCAUCUGUUGCAAAACUCGAAGACGAGUUUGCGACAUUGAGGAAUGAAGGCGACGUGACCGUUUGCAGGCCGCGAUCUGAGCUGUGCACGAAGAAGAGGCCUGGUCGGGGGCGGCAGUCUGAAGGGCAUGGUGGUCGACGCUAGUCUCCCCGGUCGACGCCAAUGUCACUAGAAUGAUUGCAAGCUUUGUAAUGGAGGCGGGCGGUGUUAGAAGUGAUUGUAAGCGUGGGAAUAAGUGGGUGUAAGGGUGUUUUGUAGUGCAAGGGCGAAUUAGCGCCUUGAACACCCUCUCUCUGGCCACUGAGGAGAUCAUUUCGCCCACGGGACGCGUUCGACGCGUUCAGAUUGCCUGCGUAGAUUUUUGCCGCCACAGUCGCGUCUGCACAUUCCAUAUAAAGCCUCCCGCCUCUUUCAUCAUGGCUCGAGCAACUCGCUCUUCAACCAUCCAGGACAAGGACAAGACAGCAGAUCCUGCGCCACCACAACGAAAGAAUGCCAAAAAGCGCAAGCGCACAUCUAUUGUAGACGGUGCUGACGAACCUGCUUUCAAGCAACCUCGCACAGACGACGACAUCAAAGAGGAGGACAUACAGGAACAAGAUGACCCCGUCAUAGGAGAGACGAUAGAGAUCAACCUGCCCAGCAGUGGCGAUAUUCCCAUCCAAACUUCGGAUGCCCAAAAGAUACUCGAAAUACUCGAAAUUAUUGACACUCAGGGUCUCCUCGACCGAGUGUUCCCUUUACCGCCUGAAUCGGGUUCCACGCCGGCUUCUUCCUCAAAUUCAACUUCGCAUUCGUUCCGUGACUUGCUUCAAAAUGCAUCUCACUAUCCUCUCAGGACAUUGCGUUCCGCAGUGCAACACCUCUUCCCCAUCACUUCCCACCCCCGUUCACGUCCCUCUGCACCUGCAGUCGAACAACAACGUUUUUGCAACCUUGCAAUAUCCCUCUUGGACCAAGCGUCCUCACAUAAUUCCCCCGUACCCCUCAAUGUUGAUAGCAUCGUUUCCGCUUACGUUUCAGCCACCGCUGGACCCUCAGGCACCGCUCCUGAAUCGAAAGCUUCAGCUACAGUGGUGCUGGGCUCCCCGGCAGAAGUUGAACGAAAACCAAAGUAUGCAAUGGUUCAACGACUACCUACAGGGGAGUGGUGGUCAUCUGUCAAUUCGGACACAGUUGUCGAUGGCAACAACCUAACGGAUUUGCCAACUGGUCGAGCAGAACUCGCAGUUGUUCUUCCUUCUCCGUCCUCAGGAGCAGGUGUCGGGAAAACUCUUGGCGAAUACGUCACGAAGAAGCCGUCUAUGCUUGUUCAAUCCGCCAGCUACAUGAGUCAACCCCGUCGGAUCUCGUGCGGAAAGUUUCUGGACUAUGGUCCAUACGCUAGCUUUGCUCCAAGUUUCGACCAGGAUGGGAAAGAAGUGGGCAGAGUUAGGUUGGGGGAAGUCAUCUGGUUCGAGGAACGCAAACGGAGAAUACGAGAACUAGCAAGAGGGAAACAGAAGGCUGUUAUGGCUCGCCUUAGCCAACAAGAUUCUUCAGCUGCUGAAACGACAGGCUCUGAAAGCACAAUUGUUGCUUCGCAAGAACCAUCCCCUUCGAAGGUUAAGGAAGGUGGCGAAACGAACAUAGAAGUUUUGGAGGGCUUGCUCUCUCCUGAGCAGAUCGCCAAUUUGAAAAGCACUCUGGGCAGCUUGGAGUUGGAACAAGCUCUCGAUGAACUUCUGACACGAAAUGCCAAGGCCAUGCAGCGCCUAGAGGAACUCCAGCUGGAACGUCUAGGCGGUGCAAAUGGAGGUUCGAGUACAGUCGAAGUAGGAUCGGAAGAAUGGGAAACAGCUCAAAGCAUACUGGAUUCGCUAACAGUUUUGGCCUCUCUAAGACCAAGGUCCUCAAAAGACGCAGAGCACCCACCGCUCAUUCCCACUACUUCAGCACUCCGUAGGUUGCAUCGCACUCUUCCGAGCGAAAGUCACGGUGGCUGGUAUGGUACACUUCCCGCUGGCCGCACAGCUGCACUCCGCGACGACAACACCCUAUAUGUCCGCGCCGGCAUAACUGUGCCAGCCGCUGCAACUGCGCCUCCCGUUUCUACCAUUCCUACCACUCCUGCGACGCCUGCUAUCAAGACCGCUACUCCUACGCCUACAACGCAGUAUAGCGGGUACCCGUACCCUGGGUACACGUCGACUGGGCAGUACCGAGGAGGUUAUGGGACGUUCACACCUGGUCAGACGACGACGACGAACUACUACUCCAGUUACCAGGCGUCCCAACAAGCCGCAGCCGCUUCCAACUAUUACCCCAACUCGCAGUACAACGCCGCGGCGGGACAACAACAGUAUUCAUACGGUAGCUCGUGGCAUAACUAUCACCCGCAGACGGCAGCUUCGUCAGGGCGUGCUACACCUCAACCAGCAGUAGCCACGAACCCUUCGACGAAUUACACAACAUAUUACGCAUCUGCUGCUCAACAGCCUCAGCCUCAGCGGGCUGUUACGAAUACUGUCCUUGGCAGUACUGCGACUCCCAAGUACCAACCUGCUGCUUGGUCUAACGGAGCAAAUGCGGCGACCAACUAUGCCACCAGUGCCUUGCCAACUCAUCUACGACCAGUUGCAACUGGAAGCACACCUACAACUCCACAAAUGGCAUCGCCAUAUUAUUCUGGCUAUUCGGCGGCUACUCCUCGGUAGGGUGGAGAAGGCUUCAAGCAUGGAGAGAAUAAAGGAUCAGUCUGAGACUUGCUAAUCGUUUUUUGUUAUUGUUCAUCGUGGUUCGUAUCUUAUUCGGUUCAGAGUGAAGUGGUCAAACGCACGCCUGUUAUUGUAGUCCAUAGUAGUCGCAUAUAGAUCUGUCAUAAUCGCGCUACAGCCAGCUACAGCCAAGCGGAAAUUGUGAACAAAAAUGAUAUCAUAGUACAGUAUGCUUGCCAGACCACCCCGUGGGGACUUGAGAUCUUCAGAACGUACCACAGUGUUACACUUUAUACUCAAAAAUGUUCG